GCAGCAUCAGAGGGAGGAAUUGCUUAUGUAACUGGGACAGCAGAUUUAGCAGAAGGAAAGGAGGCAGAGGCUGGGGAUGGGAGCAGUGAGCUGUCGACAGGGACAACACACCCGAGUGUCUGCUCCUCAAAAGGGUGGCAACAUCCAGGGUCACUGGGCUCGCUGGAAGAGCCUCUGGUGUGGUAUGGGGACCAUCAGGUCAGGUCUGGAAGAACUGUGGGAACUACAGAGGCAUCAGUGCCUACAUCAGGAGCUCCUCCAGCCAGCCCCAUUGCUGCUAGAGAAGCCUCUGUCUGAAUGGCCAGUGCCUCAGUUCAUCAGCCUCUUUCUACCAGAGUUUCCCAUGCGGCCUGUUAAAGAGCAGGAGCUGAAGAUUUUAGGCCUUGUGGCUAAAGGUUCGUUUGGAACUGUCCUGAAAGUGCUAGAUUGUGCCCAGAAUGCUGUAUUUGCAGUGAAGGUGGUACCCAAAGUAAAAGUUCUACAGCGGGAUACCCUGAGGCAGUGCAAGGAGGAGGUUAGCAUCCAGCGGCAGAUCAACCAUCCUUUUGUACACAGUUUGGGGGACAGCUGGCAGGGGAAACGACACCUCUUUAUUAUGUGUAGCUACUGCAGCAUGGAUCUCUACUCCCUGUGGUCCACUGUUGGUUGUUUUCCAGAGGAUUCUGUCCGUCUCUUUGCAGCUGAACUGGUCCUUGUACUCUGCUAUCUCCAUGACUUGGGCAUCAUCCAUCGUGAUGUAAAGAUGGAGAAUAUCCUGCUGGAUGAACGAGGCCAUCUGAAAGUUACAGACUUUGGUCUGUCUCGCCGCCUAUCCCAGGGAGCACGGGCCUAUACUAUCUGUGGCACUCUUCAAUACAUGGCUCCAGAGGUCUUGAGUGGUGGGCCUUACAACCACACUGCUGACUGGUGGUCCCUGGGAGUAUUGCUUUUCUCUCUGGCAGCUGGUAAGUUCCCAGUGGCUGCAGAGAGAGAUCAUUUGACCAUGUUGGCAAGUGUGACCCACUGUGGAUCUGAGAUCCCAGCGUCUAUUAAUCAGGAGCUCUCACUCCUGCUCCAUGAGCUCUUAUGCCAGAACCCUCUGUACCGUCUACGAUACCUGCAUCACUUCCAGGCCCACCCUUUCUUCCGGGGUGUGGCCUUUGACCCUGAGCUCCUACAGAAGCAGCCAGUGAACUUUGUCAUGGAGACACAAGAUACCUGGCCCAGUCCAUUGGAGAACAUGUCCUUUGAGGACUUCGACUGUGAUCUCGAGUCCUUGGUCCAUUCCAUCUCUAUUGACUCUCUACUGUAGAUGGACACCACUCAGUACCACCACCGUAGUGAUCCAGUUUUUACUUUGUUCUUCCUUACUAUGUUACUGUAGGUACUGGGCCAGAGUUUAACCUUUGGCAUUUUGCAAUUGAUAGCCAAAAUCGCCCCUAAUGCUUUCCCAUCAUACAUCAUACAACCCACCUCUCAACUGUGGGUCAAGGCAUAGACCUUCACUUCUCCAAUACUUUUACUUGAGCUGCCGGACAAAGACUUCUUGAACUUCAUCCUUGUUUUUUUUUAACCAUACUUCCUUUCUUGGACAACAAGGACACUGUGUGGACUCCCAAGGUGCUAUUUAUAUGUUUUAACAAGUUAAUCAGAUGCCAGGAGGUGGUGGUGAGUGUCUUUAAUCCCGGCACUGGGGAGGCAGAGGCAGGUGGGUCUCUGUGAGUUUGAGGCCAACCUGGUCUACAGAGUUACAGGAUACUCAGGGAUACACAGAGAAACCCUGUCUCGGAAAAAAAAAAAAAAGGAUUAUUAAAUUGAUCGUUUCUCCCAAACAACUCAAGAUUCAGAGUUGGUUUUGUUUUUGUUUUCACUUCUGAACUAGACCAGUAGAGGACCAGGGAUCAGAAAGGAAAGGAAAGUAUGGGAUCGAGCCUUGCCCAAGCUAUAUCUUAAGCCACCCCAAGGCAACUUAUCCUAUUAAGUAUAGCAUCUUGUAUACAGGAAAAUGGGAUAGAAUCAUCAGAAAACUGUUUUACAGUGGACCGAAGUCAGCAGAAAGCUAACCAAGCAAUGUUGAGCAAAGGGGACACAAAUGCAUCACAGAGGAGCACAUGGCAGUCUUGGGACCUUUAGGGGGAAAGAGUUGGUUUCUCAGUAUAAAGCAGCAGCUCCCCUGGGGCCUGGCCCCAGACCAUUAUUGGCUCUGCUAAGCAGUCAUUCCUCCACACAUCAGACCUCAGGGAAAGCCUUAGGUUGGAUCAGCCUGGCUCCCCAUCCCAGUACCUUUUAACUGAGGGAAACAGGUUUCAGAUUUCUCAUGAUGUAAAUUGUUUCUUUAAAAUAUUUAUUUGUACUUACUUUAUGUGUAUGAGUGGUUUGCCUACACAUGUUAAGUGUACUGUGGUGGUAUCUCUGGAGGCCAGAAGAAGGUGCUAGGUCCUCUGGUACUAUAGUUAUAGAUGGUUAUAAACCAUGUUUCUAUUAAAGUGGAACUAAACCAUCUCUAGACGCUCACUCAGCUGCAGAAGAUUUUGAACCUAACACCCUCCACUAGCCGAGAUGAUAGGCCUGCACCAAGCCCAGCUUCUAUGAUGCUAGGCAAGCAUUCUACCAACUGAGUAGCAUCCACCUUUUUGAUGCUCUUUCAAAGGCAGAGGUAAUUGGCCUGAUGGUACACCUGAAUCCCAGCACCUGGGCAUAACAGCAGUGGUAAAAGAAUCCUAGUUCAAGGCUAGCCUAGGCUACAUGGGCACACCUAUAUUUCAGAAAAUCUAAGCAAAGGCCAGCCAAGACAUCAAGACAUCUUAACACAGGUAAAGACUCUUUCAUCAGCUAAACCUGAUGAUUUGAGUUUGAUCCCUAAAACCUGUAUAAACGGAUGAUAUGACCACUCCAAGGAAGGUUUGAUUUUAUUUGAGUCUAUGUUGCCCUGGCUGUCCCGGAACUCACUCUGUAGAUCAGGCAGCCUUGGAACUCAGAGAUCCACCUGCCUCUGCCUCCUGAGUGCUGGGGUCAGAGGUGGGCUCCGCCACCACAGACAAAGGAAAGGAAGGCUUUUAUUGUAGGUGUGAGAGAAGCAGGAGCAGAAACGAGAGAGGGAGGAGAGGAAAAAGGAGGAAAGAGAGUGAGAGAAAUAAAGACAGCACAGCUGAAAGAGCAGAGAUAAAAAGCAGCUGGGAGAGGGACGCCCAUGACCUGGAAACAUUUAGAGUAGGAGGGGAUGUGGGAAGAGCUGAGAAGAGUUUGUAUACCAACAUGGACUCAGGCAUGUGUGACACUGAAGGAGCCUGGAUGCCAGCAUGCACUUUGGUAUAUUAACAGGGACCACAGAUACCAUUUGUUCCUUCCAGUGAUGAAACUGGCUCCACAAAUUCCUGAGGAAUGCUGGAUUUUUCUGUCAGAACUUGGCAAAAUGGAGUUUCCUUUGGACCUUACAGAAUCUACAUAGUGAAGGGGAGAAUCAGCCCUGCAAGUUCUUCUCUUACCUUCACACAUGCAUGUGUGUUACAUGUACACACACACACACACACACACACAUGUAUAUGGGUGGGGUUGAGGAUAUGAAAUCCUGGGUUUGAUCCAAGUGUGGUGUCAAAAUCCUAUAAUCCCAACACUUGGGAGGUGAAGGUAGGGGAGUAAGAAAUUCAGGGUAGGGGUUGGGGAUUUAGCUCAGUGGUAGAGUGCUUGCCUAGCAAGCACAAGGCCCUGGGUUCCCCAGCUCCGGAAAAAAAAAAAAAAUUCAGGGUAGCUACAUAGGUUGAGCACAGCUUCAACUCACUGUGAAACCCUAACACACUCAUACACACAAAGUAAAAACAAAAUAAGGACAAAGGUAGUAGACUUUGUGACAUUGAGAACCUAGUCCAAUGUUAAUAUUAAUCCAUUUGAUCACAGUUGUACAAUGAAUUAAACCCUGAGGAAAUGGUGAGCAUGUCCCCAGGUUUCUUUUGUUGGUCGUAUUAAACAGCUUAGAGACAAUCA